AUGACUAAUUUAGAAUGUAUUCAGCAGAUUCCGCGUGUCUUAGAGAAUAUCAAUUUCCCAGAAGAGGAAGAAAAAAUUCAAAUAUACUGGAACAAAAUUGAUGCAUUUGGAACAUGCCUGAAGCAAUCUAAGGGUAAACCAAGGUAUACAUUCUAUGACGGCCCUCCUUUUGCUACUGGUUUACCACAUUAUGGACACAUUCUUGCUGGAACCAUUAAAGAUGUUGUUACAAGAUAUGCACAUCAACAAGGGUUCCAUGUCGAGAGAAGAUUCGGAUGGGAUUGUCAUGGGCUUCCUGUUGAAUAUGAAAUUGAUAAAACUCUAGGAAUCAAAGGGCCUGAUGAUGUAAUGAAAAUGGGUAUUGACAAGUAUAAUGCAGAGUGUAGAAAAAUCGUUACUAGAUAUAGUAAGGAGUGGGAAAUUACUAUCCAAAGGAUUGGAAGGUGGAUAGACUUCAAAAAUGAUUAUAAAACAUUGUAUCCAUGGUUCAUGGAAUCGGUGUGGUGGAUUUUCAAGCAAUUGUAUGUCAAGGGACUUGUAUAUCAGGGUUUCAAAGUUAUGCCCUUUUCAACAGCAUGUAAUACUCCAUUAUCAAACUUUGAGUCCGGCCAGAAUUACAAAGAUGUCGUUGAUCCAGCAGUAACAGUCAGCUUUCCAUUGCUGGAUGACAAAGAUGGUGCUGCCUUACUAGCAUGGACCACUACACCAUGGACGUUACCUAGUAACCUAGCUGCAUGUGUGAAUGGUGAACUGAUUUAUGCUCGUUUGGAACAAGUCAGUACCAAAAAAAUUUACAUCAUGAUGGAAUCUCGUAUAGAAACAAUUUUCCAACCAGAUGAUUACAAGAUUCUAAAAACUUUUCCUGGAAAAGAACUGAAGGGUCUACGUUAUGAGCCGAUUUUCCAGUAUUUCGCACAUUUGACACAGAAUGCCUUCAGGGUUUUGGUAGAUGAUUACGUCACUUCUGCGUCUGGUACGGGAAUUGUACACCAGGCUCCAUACUUUGGAGAAGACGAUUUCAGAGUUUGUUUAGCAGCGGGAGUGAUAACUAGAGAUCAAGAAUCAAUUUGCCCUGUUGAUGAUAGUGGGCGAUUUACCCAACCUGUAAAAGACUUCCUAGGACAGCAUGUCAAAGAGGCAGACAAACAUAUUAUCGCUAAGCUCAAAGAAAUGAACAGAUUAGUAUUGCAGUCACAGAUUAAGCAUAGUUGCCCGUUUUGUUGGAGAUCCGAUACUCCUCUUAUAUAUCGUGCCGUACCUUCUUGGUUCAUAAGGGUUGAACAUAUGCAAGAAGCUCUAGUAAAAUCGGCAAAGGAUACUUAUUGGGUUCCCGAUUUCAUCAAAGACAAAAGAUUCGGCAACUGGUUGAGGGAAGCACGCGAUUGGGCGAUAAGCAGGAAUCGUUAUUGGGGAACGCCAAUACCAAUUUGGAUGUCACCAAAAGGUGAUGAGAUCGUGUGUAUAGGGAGCAUCGCUGAGCUUGAAGAGCUUACUGGACAAAAGAUAACUGAUUUGCAUAGGGAACAUAUUGACCAUUUAGAAAUACCCAGCCGUAUUCCAGGCAACCCUCCCUUGAAGAGAAUAUCUGAGGUAUUUGAUUGCUGGUUUGAGUCUGGAUCCAUGCCCUAUGCCCAGUUACAUUACCCCUUCGAACAUGCAAAAGACUUUGAGGAAUGCUUCCCUGCAGAUUUCAUCGCCGAAGGAAUAGACCAAACUCGUGGUUGGUUUUACACUCUUGUCGUCUUAGGAACCGCGUUGUUUGGAAAAGCGCCAUUCAAAAACCUCAUAGUCAAUGGAUUGGUGCUAGCCAGUGACGGUCAAAAAAUGUCUAAGAGCAAAAAAAAUUAUCCAGAUCCACUACAAAUUGUAAAAAAAUAUGGAGCUGACGCUCUUAGGUUAUAUCUAAUCAAUUCACCAGUGGUAAGGGCAGAAAAUUUGCGAUUCAAGGAAGAAGGCGUAAGAGAUAUAGUCAAAGACGUUUUUCUUCCAUGGUAUAAUGCUUACCGAUUUUUAUUGCAAAAUCUCGAAAUUUACGUCCAGAAUAAUAACAAAAUGUUCAGGUAUGACGAGAAGAGUGUUGGCAGCGAAAACAUUAUGGACAAGUGGAUAUUAUCCUAUACACAGUCCUUGUUAUUGUACAUUCGCAAGGAGAUGGCACUGUAUCAUUUAUACAACGUUAUCCCAAGAUUGACAAAAUAUUUUGAUUACCUUACAAACUGGUAUGUCCGUAUGAACAGGAAGAGGCUGAAGGGCGAAGGAGGAGAAACUGAUUCUAGAGCUGCUCUAAUGACCUUGUUCAACAUUUUGUUGAACAUAAUCAAAAUGAUGGCACCCUUCUCUCCAUUUUUGACAGAAACAAUGUACCAGUGCCUGAAACAUUUAACAGAUUCGAGUGCAGAUAGUGUCCAUCAUCUCAUGUUGCCACAGCCCGAUCAGAAUCUGAUUGACACCAAUAUCGAACGUGCUGUAUCCCGAAUGCAAGCAGUCAUCGAAUUAGGUAGGGUUGUGCGUGAUCGAAAAACCAUGCCUGUCAAAUACCCCUUGCCAGAAAUAAUCGUGGUGCACAGAGAGCAGCAGUACCUAGAUGACAUUCUAUCAUUGCAAGACUAUAUUCUGUCUGAAUUGAAUGUGAGGAAGAUAAGUACAACUACAGAUAAAAGUAAAUUUGGAAUUACGCUGAGAGCAGAACCUGACCAUAAAAUACUUGGUGCCAGAUUGAAGCAAGAAUUCAAAGCUGUGACUCUCGGACUGAAAUCUCUAACUGAUUCGGAAAUAAAUGAAAUGAUGGAGAGAGGUUCUAGAGAAAUAGCCGGUUGUCCAAUCGAAAUAUCGGAGGUCCGUUUGAUAUUCAAGGCGGAAAGUUUGAAUACUGACCAGUAUGAAGUACACAGCGACAAUGACGUUUUGAUACUAUUAGAUGUUACACCUGAUUCUACGAUGCAAGAUGAAGGGUUAGCAAGAGAGAUCAUAAAUCGAGUCCAGAAACUACGCAAGAAGGCGCAUCUGGUACCAACUGAUGAAAUAACUGUUUUCUAUGAGGCUGAUGGUGAUUUGAAUAGGGUUGCUCAACAAUUCACAGAGUUCAUUGAAGCGACACUGAAAACGAAGUUUUUGCUCAUGGGCAGUAAAAAAGCUUCAGAUCAAUUGAUAAUUGACGAAAAGCAACAAUUGAAAGAUUCCAACAUUUACCUAGUUUUAACACAAACUAGCAAUAAUCAAUUGCCAGUAUGUCGAUGGGCAAAUAUUCAGUUGGUUGGUAAAAAAUCUAGAUAUUGCAAUAACGCUACCAAGGGCAUGAUAUUAUUGAAUGCAGGGAAUAAAUCGCUCACGCUAGAAAUGUUGAGACAAGAAAUUUUCAGUCUCUUUGGUGUUGCUAACAUUGACCUAUGGGUAGACAAUAAAUUGUUGGCUAGCAAUGAAGAACUGAUGAAAUUAAAUGGUGUAACAAUAUUCAUAACGGAAAUUGGAACCAAACCAAGUCUAGCCAAUGGCGACUUACUGCCUUUCUGCAAAGUUUCGAAUUUCGAGGAGAAUGGUGUCAAAGGUACCAUUAUACUAGAAAAUCCAUUAGGUAAUCCAACAAAUGUACCUUACCACGAGGUUAUCAAGGCCUGGACUAAUUGA